GGCGGAGGUCAGCCACGUGCCUUGAUUUCGUUCCGGGCUUAAAUUCUCACCCCCAACAGCCGCUAUUCGCCGACUCGUUGUACGUAAUAUUGCCCCCACCCGCCCACCCCGGGUGCCUGGCCAGAUCCUAGAGUCAGCUAGAAAGCCUGAUGUUUUAGCUGGCCUUUUCCCUCUCUGGUGAGGACGAAGCCUGAACGCUUCUAGUAGCGGUUUUUAACUUGUUUUUAAAAAGCGGGGGGAAAGCAAAUUAAAGAACAAAGAUUUGUUUCUGCCUUUCGCCUCCUCCUGCCGUCCCCCAAGAUGUGAAAAGACCGUUUGGGAGGUAUAUCCUCAGCUGCACUGGCCUACGCGGCAUCCUCUAUAACGGGAGGAGGAGCUAUACUCUGACUGAAGUCCGCAGGCGGGGGCGGGGGUAAAGUGGGAACGCUUAGCCGCGGCACGCCGAUCAUGAAGCACGAUUGCGCAGGCGCUCUUCAGCGCGAGGAAUCCUGGGCAGAUUUCCUUGCAGGACGUUCAGGAGUCUUUCGAAGAUGACUUUAGAGAAGAGAGAGGGAUGCGUUUGGCUCCUCGUACUUAGCUCUGUGUUUCUGUGUAAUCUCCUUAAGCUUCUCCUCCCCUCCUUCUCUUCUGUCAUAUCCAAGCUGCUACAAAAGGAUGUAGACCAAGAGUCCCAGAUGAGAGCAGAAAUACAAACCAUGAAACAAGAUCUCUCAGCUAUUAGCAUGAUGGAUGAAUUUGCCAGAUAUGCCAGACUGGAACGAAAGAUUAAUAAAAUGACUGAUAAGCUUAAAACUCACGUAAAAGCACGAACAGCCCAAUUAGCCAAAAUUAAAUGGGUCAUAAACAUCGUUUUCUACAUAUUGCAGGCUUUAUUGAUGAUUUCACUUAUUUGGAAGUAUUAUUCUGAUCCUGUGACUGUGCUACCAAGUAAAUGGAUAACUCCAUUAGAACGCUUAGUGGCAUUUCCUACUGGAGUAGCAGGUGGUGUUGGAAUUACUUGUUGGCUUGUCGUCUGCAACAAAGUUGUGGCUAUCAUGCUCCACCCUUUUAGCUGAAAAGAAAAAUGACUAAACUCCAGGACUUUAAAUCACUUUUCCAGUAUUAGAAUUUAAAAUGUUUUAAAUGAUUUCCUUUAAAACAUAGCCUUUGCUGGAAUUUAGGUGUACCAUGGCUAAGAAAAAAUUGUUUAUAACUGUUGUAAUUGAACCAAAAAAGUUUUUUUUCUGAAUAUUCAUACACAUCAGUAAGUACAGUGGUAGUUUGUUUUGCUUAGUGAGAAAUGUACAGGGUCAUGGUGGCAUUUAUGAGAUAUUUAUGUGAUUUAGAAGAGAUUUUUUAUUUGCUACUACUGUCAGAAAAGUAGAUGCUUUAAAUUGCCACAAAAGCACUAUAAAGCAUUAUUUUAAAUUUUCAUUUGGUAAUAAAGCAGAUAAAUCUUCAUAAUACCAGUACUAAACCAUGAAAUUUAUUUUUUUAAUCUGGUCCUACAAAAUGUAUUCAUUAAUGUCCAAAGCAAUUCUUAUUAUUAACAAAACUCCACUUUCUGUUGAGAGAGUUGUUAGUGUUAAAUCUUUGCUUAUCUGUCUUUUCUCCAAGAUGUAAACACUAUAGAUUAGCUGUAACUCUAGCCCACUGUUAAAAACUAUUAGGUUUUUUUCAUUUUUAUAAAUGUUUGCCAUUUGUUGUUUUGUGCCUGAAUUGCUUUUGUGUGUGAAACCUUUUUGAAACUUAUGUUAAUAAUUACAUUUAGUCUGAAUUUAAUAUUUAUGCUCAUGAAAUAGCCUUGUUCUAUUAAAAAGUUACUUGAGAUCUGA